AUGCUAGACCACCAAAGCCUCUGUAACCUAACAGAACAGCUUGACCUCUCCCAUCAAAUACAGGACCUGAAGCAGAGGAUCACGGACACCCCAAAACCUACCCAAUCUAACUCAUUUGCCGAUAUGGUAAAAAAAGGAGCUAACAAAUUUAUUCAGCCCAUAAAUGUGAGUUCCAUUGCCAUAUACCCCAACGACAAAAUGAAGACGAGUGACGAAACCAAAUCGUUGGUGCAAAAAAUUAUCCGCCCUGAAGAGAUGAAGCUACAGGUAAGAGGCCUUCGAAAAACAAAAAACGGUGGCGUUAUCAUCAGCACGGAAUCGAAGGGUGAUAUAGAGAAGUUGCGCCAAUCAACACAAUUGUCUAGCUCAGGUCUUUCCGUAGAUGAGCCCAAAAAAAGAAAUCCGCGUGUAGUCAUCAUCGGUGUACCAUCUACAAUGCCCGACAAUGAAGCCCUAACAUGUCUGUACCAUCAGAAUCUGGCAGAGAAACUGGAGAACUGUAGUCUGGACUCUUUCCUGUCCACGACUAAGAUGAGCCAUAAAUCAGGCCGAAGAGAUGCAGCGACGUGUAAUUACGUGAUCGAGGUAACUGCAGCUACCCGUAAAGCCCUGAUGUCGCAAGAGCGAGUUUUUAUCAAUUGGUCUUCCUGCCCUGUUCGAGACUUCACUCUGGUGACCAGAUGCUAUAAAUGCCAGCAGUACGGACAUGCUGCUAAAUCAUGUCGCCAAACAUCUUUUACCUGCAGCCAUUGCGGAGAACAAGGCCAUACCAUCAAGGACUGCACAAAGAAGUCAGAUGAACCCAAAUGUGCAACUUGUCUGCACUACAAAAAGCCCGCCAACCACACGACAGUAUGCAAUCAAUUUGCACGAAGCGUAGUUGCUAUGCUGGGUGCAGUUGCUCCGGAUUCAUUCGACACCUUGCAUUCAUAUGCUAACACGUUCCAAAUGCCAUUCGUCACGCCAUGGUUCCCCGAAAAGGUGAUCCCACCAUCUUCUGGCCUCAACGACUAUGCUGUCAGCUUGCGUCCCGACUACCACCGAGCUGUUAUUGCUACGAUCACUCACUACGGCUGGAAGAACGUUAUUUACAUCUAUGAUUCCCAUGACGGUUUACUGCGCCUGCAGCAGUUGUACCAGAGCCUGCAACCUGGCAAUGCAACAUUCCGUAUAACAAACGUGAAACGAGUGUCCAAUGCAUCCGAUGUGGUGGAGUUUCUUCGUGCUAUAGAAAAACUGGACCGCUGGAGCAACAAAUAUGUUGUACUCGAUUCUACCACGCAGCUCGCAAAAGCCGCGCUAAUUAUGCACGUACGGGAUGUGCACCUUGGCCGUAGGAACUAUCAUUACUUCCUGAGCGGACUGGUAAUGGACGACAGAUGGGAGAAAGAAGUUACUGAAUACGGAGCUAUCAACAUCACUGGAUUUCGUCUGUUGGAUUUUUCCCGAAAAGUAGUUCGUGAUUUUAUUGACGCCUGGAAAAGAGAGACCAUUUCCGCUCAAGCCGCUCUCACUUACGACGCAGUGCAAGUCUUGAUAGACGCCAUCUUACGCUUGGUACGAAAAAAGCCAGAGUUUGUUCGCGCAACCAUGAGACGUGCGAGUCAAAACAAUACAAACAAAUCUAUGGAUUGUAACCCAAAAAACAAAUUCAUUCCUUUCGAACAUGGCGAGAAGAUAUCUCGGAUGAUCAGGAAGACGGAGAUUGUUGGGAUAACGGGCAACAUACGAUUCAAUGACUUAGGACAUCGCAAGAACUUCACGCUUCAAGUGAUGGAAUUGACCGAAGACGGCGACAUGGUGAAGGUGGCAACUUGGUCGGACAAUAAAGGACUAGUACCUGUCAUCCCUAAGAAGGUGCCCCCUGCCAUAACUGGAACCUAUGAUCGCAAUAAAACUUACAUUGUAACCACUAUCGAAGAACCACCCUACAUCAUACGCAACGACCCCGAAGAUCCCGAAUAUAACCCCGAAGAACCAUUCACCGGAUUUUGCGCAGAACUCACAAAAAUGUUGUCUGAAAAAAUGGAAAUCAACUAUGAAAUCAAGGUUGUGAGGGAUGGAAAGUACGGCAGUGAAAAUCCAAAGGCACCUAGCGGCUGGGACGGAAUGGUGGGCGAGCUCUUGAGAAAGGAAGCGGACAUAGCCAUCGCUCCACUGACCGUAACUUUAGAUCGUGAGGCGGUCAUUGAUUACAGCAGGCCUUUCCUGUCUUUUGAUCUUAAACCUACUAAAAAUACAGCGAACUCCACAAGCGCUAUAUUCAGCUUCCUCCAACCGCUGUCCAUGGAAAUAUGGAUCUCGAUCCUCUGCAGCCUUUUCGCCGUAAGCGUGGUUUUAUUCAUCGUCUCUCGAUUCUCGCCUUACGAGUGGCGUGUUGUCUCUUUCACGGAUUCUCAUUCUGAUCAUUCCGAUGUAUCUACAACAAAGGAUACUAUUGACGUACCGAAAGUUGUUCCAACAACUGAAUCUCCUGAAAAGGUCACGGAUGAGCAUGGUUGGCUUGCCUUCAUCAUGGAUCGCCCAACUGCGGCACCUGACGAUAAACCAUGUGAAAUGGUGGUUACCCUGACUCACUCUGGAUACAAGGACUUCGCUGUUGGCAUCCCUAAGGGUUCCCAGCUGCGGGACGGCGUAAAUAUGGCUUUGCAAUCAUUGAAAGAGGAAGGUGAGAUUCCAAGGCUGGUGCGCAAAUGGUUUACCAAAUCCGAGUGUGAUCAUUCUGACAAUGAUAAGGGCUCCGAGCUGACACUGAGUCAAGUGGCUGGCUUGUUCUACGUUCUGGUUGGAGGUCUGUCUCUCGCUAUGGGAGUUGCCCUGAUUGAGUUCUGCAGACAUGGUCGUUCGGAGGCUGCUCGUGCCAAUGUGCCGCUCCGCGAUGCACUGCGCGCUAAGGCUCACCUGGGUAACACUGAACGUAAGGGACAAUCUCAACGUGGACCCCAACGUGACAAUGACCGCCUUGGAUGGAACGGAGGCGCCUUUGGAAGCCAGUACUAUAGCCCGGCCAACCAGAUCGGACAAGAGGAGACGGCAUUGCAUUCCAGCUUCACACAAGUCUGA